GCGAAGCGAAGGCUCCCGGAAAUGAGUUCCAACGGACCGCGUGCUGCGUGUGCGUCUCGUAAGUUUCCACCCACCACGUUCUCCGCCACGACUCCUCCCGGCUCUCAAACUCCCCAAACCAAAUCAUGGCCGCCGCGGCCUCACGGCACCUCUGCUGCGCCACGGCGCUGCUGUCUCCCUCCGCCGCCGCGGCGCCCAUCCGCCGGAGGGUUGGCUACGGCUACGGCUACGGCUCCUCCUCCACCCGCCGGUGGCCGUGCCGCCGGUGGGCCCACGGGCCGGACGCCGCGUCCCGGAUCCGGCGCCCGACGACUGGCUCGAGCACAGCCAGGGUGAGCUGUGCCUACUCUACUGGCGCUGAAGCAAUCACUGCAUGUUCCUGGAACCAAAAUGUUAUCUGCAGUGAUGUGCCUGUGCUUGUGGAGUUUUGGGCCUCAUGGUGUGGACCUUGUAAAAUGGUCCAUCGAAUUGUCGACGAGAUUGCAAACGAAUACGAUGGAAGGAUAAAAUGCUAUAAGCUUGACACUGAUGAUUACCCACAAACUGCAACUUCCUACAAUAUCGAGAGGGUUCCGACCGUUUUACUGUUCAAGGAUGGAGAGAAAAUACAUAGUAUUACUGGAACUCUGCCAAAAGCCGUCUAUGUGAGGGCCAUUGAGAAUUCUUUCUUGGAACAGUGACCAUUUUGGUUACGAUGUUAUAUUGCUACUUGGUCCAGAUUCAUAUUCCCAUAUACUUGAUUUUUCACUGCCAGCUAGUGGAAAGAGUAGGGAAGGUAAAGUUGGGCUUACAACUUGAGCUUCUUGUUAUCCCUUAGCUACACAACUUACUGUAAAUAUUGAUGUACUGCUGAAAAAGGAUUGUUGGACCUCUUUAUUUUUCCUUGAGGGCUGUAAUGAAUCAUGACUUUUAUCAUUGAUGUGAAACAGGGUCAAAUAUUUAAGGCCCUUAGAAAUAUCUUGCUAAAUGAAGUGAAAUUAAGAUUUUUUGUUAUACUUUACAUUAUGUGCCUCACAUUUAUAUCUGUUUUUCUUCUUCUUUUUCACCCCUUGUGUAUUAAAUUUUUCGUGCUAUUUUUCAGAGCUAGAGUAAAUACUUAAUCAUUUAAUUACUGUAUACAGAAGCAUCUAAGAUCUAGCCUGUUGAAGUUUAUCUUCUGAAAAGGUUUGUUCUGUUAUGUUAGUGCAAUUAUUGUUGUUUCUGUGGGGCUGCUAAGACUGAGCUAAUUGUCCCAGGUAACUCUUCAAGGCAUAUUUUAUUAAACCUUGUGCUCCUAUUAUUUAUUGUCUCUAAUCUGCAAUAUCAUCUAGUCUCAACAGGUUAACUUUGGUUAUCAUGAAGAACUUCUUUUUUAUUACCCUUUAGCUUGCCUAGGAUGUAAUUUUUAGCUCUCCUUGGGCUGACAAAGAAGAACUGCACACUAAGGUAAAAGCUGUCAAAGAAAAAGAUUUUAGAAUUAGGUGCAGGAGUAUUGGUAAGUACUUUGGCAGGCGGUAUCAACAGUCUGGUGCCAUGGAUUUUUAAUCUUUCCAUGCUGAGGACUAGUGCAUAGCAAGUGGCUGCGAGUGGCCUGAGUGCAACCAAUGGUAGGAUACAGUAGACUUGGGUUUCUUAGAGAUUGAAUUCCUUAUUAUCUACUCCCUCCGUCCCAAAAUAAGUGACUCAAAAAUGACUCAGUUUUGUACUAAUUUUAGUACAAAGUAGAGUCAUUUUUGAGUCACUUAUUUUAAGACGGAGGGAGUAUAAUAUCCAACUGAAUUAAUUCCAUUAUCUCAUUUUUCGUGGACAGUAGCACAAGUUGCAGCUGCUCCUACAGUGGUACUAUUGGCCACUGGCUACAUAUAUUGUCCCUGCCUUUCAGAGUUUGAGAUAUGUAGAGUAGCUUUGUGAGGAGAGGAGGUAUAGCACAAUAAUAUGAUCGGAGGUGAUCACCAGAAUGUUCAGGUACACCUAAAUGCAGUUGAACCACAUCAAGUGCCACAUGAUGGAGAUCGAAGUUCUGGUGAUCCUCUGAUACUCUGAUGACUGCCUGACCUAAAUCAAUUUGAUUACAGCCUGACUUAAAUCAAUAUGCAGACAUCAAUGGUUAUGGGCCUGCACUAGAGAAUAUUUUGCUGAAGUCUGUAUAUGUGAAACCAUCGAGACUAUUUUCUCCAACGGUAUUCAGUUUGGAGCUCUGAAGUUGUCUGGGCUUCACUUAAAAUUCAGUCUAAUGCUACACGUGGUUUCGAAGGUACUGAAGUCUGGAGUGAAGCUUUAGACGCAGGUGGUGCAUCAGGUGCUUACACUUUUUCGGAUUUAGGACUUGGGUCAUUCAUAUGUAUUGUAACAACCAUCCACCUUGGCCUUUUCUGAAUUUUUAUUUGUAUCCCUCAUGGAAAUAUCAAUAACAUCUGGAAAAGCAGACAAUCACUUUUCAUCA